UGCUUAAGAAACAAUUAAUUAGAACAUUUUAUUUGUUUACAUUCACGACAUAAGCGAAUAAUUGAGAUGAUAACUAUCCAGUAAGUUAGACCAAAAUACGACUACAUGUGAAAUUUGAUAGAAAUCGGUUCAACAGUUUUGGAGUUUAUUGGCAACAUACAUCGUGACACAAAAUUUUUAUAUAUAUAUAGUUUUAUCUAUUUAAAUAUGUAUUUGAUUAUGUAUAUUAAUUCAUGAUGUUUAUUUAUGUUUAGGAUAUUAUAAUGAAGUAAGAUAUUAUAAAUAUUUGUCUAAUACAGCUGAUCUUUUCGCACCGCCUCAUAUACUAUCUGUAUACAAUACUACGGUUGAUUAGUAGAGAAUGCCUAAUGGAAUUAAGUCCGCCAUUUGUACUGUGUGCAAAAAAGUUUAAAUAAAAAAUAAUAAUAAUAAUAAAUAUUAUUCUUUUAGAUUCAAUCAUGUCGCGCAGACUCGCAAAGCGAUACCUGACCGAAUCCGAUGGAGACGGCAACCCUCUGCCAGCGGACACACAAGCUAUAGCGGAAGAAGAGCUUCGGGAAACAAAAAACGCUCGCACACAAGCACUGACAGCCCUGCGCAACUGGAUGGAGCAGAACCCUAAAUUUAUGGCUGUCAGGAUUGACUCCAAUUUCCUUCUUCGUUUUCUCCGGGUGAAAAAGUUCAGUGUCCCAAUGGCUCAAGAGGCGAUCGAGCGCUACAUCCUAUUACGGCAGUCAUGGGGCAUCGCCUUCAAUCAACUCGAUCAUACCCUCCCAACAAUGAUGGAGUUAAUCGACUUGGGGUACAUAUUCGUGAGUCCAUUCAAAGACAAACGCGGUCGUCGUGUGGUGGUGUACAGACCUGGAGUGUUCGAUCCAUACAAGUACACAAACCAAGACAUGUGCCGCGUGAUGGGCAUCUGUUACGAGACUUUACUGGAGGACGAGGAGACACAGGUUAGAGGGUUGGUGCACUUCGCAGACGGCAGCGGGGUCAGCUUCCCACUUCUCACACUUUUUACACCCAAAGAGGCCGUCAGGAUUGUCAAAAAUGGAGAACGUACUUUGCCGCUACGACACAAAGAGAUCUACGGAAUUAACGUACACCCUACGGUGAAAUUCGCUCUCGAUUUUGGCAUGUCGCUUAUCUCAGACAAGAUCCGCAAGCGCGUGCGACUGUACAGUUCACCGGAUGAUGUCGAGAUCGACAAGAAGUUAUUGCCGCAGGAAUAUGGCGGCGAAAUGCCAAUGAAAGAAAUGAUCGAGCUGUGGAAAGUAGAAUUGGCCAGCAAACGCGACAUUUUGUUGUUAAACGACAAAAUGGCGGUCCGUUUAGAGAUGUACAGCGAAGCGGCGAGGGAGGGCGCUGUGUCCGCGUUACGGGCGGGCGCUAACACGUGCGCUGGCGCUGACGCCGUCGGCGACGCCAUGCGUGGACUCACCGGCAACUUUAGAAAACUAGAAGUAGACUAGGACUGACUGUUUUAUUUUUAAUUAAUACUUAGCCGGUCUAGGGUAACUAGAAUAAACGAACUGAGCCUAUUUUAAUUUUUAAGUUAAUUUUAGACACCAUUAUGUACAAACGUGAAG